AUGACUGAUCCAGCCGCACCCGUUUCAACUGGUUUAGAAAACAUUGUGAUCUCUAACGAUCCUCCCGAGACGUCUGAAUAUAGAAAUGCUAUGCAACACGACGAACAUAUCGCCCGCCUAACUCAAGAAAUUGAGGACUUACGUGGCGAACUAAAUCGGGUUAGGGACCUGACCAACUUAUCCAUCACACUCCCAAGUCCACUUCCUGAACCCAGAACUGGCGCUCCAAAUCCACCUCGCUUUCCAUCACUUGAAUCUCCAGUCCCUGAACACUUUCCUGCACAAAAUACCACACCCGCCAACAACAACUUCCCUCCACCAAAUCCAUCAUCCGUCUACACCCCUCUACAAAGUCAACCAACCACCCACGUUACCUGUACUCCUUCACAAAAUCAACCACCUACCUACAAUGCCUACGCUACUCCUAAUCCACCACCCGUCAACCCGCCAAAUCAAUCACAAGUUCACACUCCUUAUAUUCCGUUACCUACCAACACCAAUCUGCCACCUACAACUACUCCUCAAAACCCACCAAACCAACUACCUACAAACACCGCUUACAACACACCACCACCAGUCCAAAACACUCCCACUGUCCAAACUUAUCCAACCCAAAGAUAUACAAGGGGCACAUCUUGUCACUCCUAA